AUGCUUCUGCUAACCUUGCAGGCGCUGACUCUGACAAGAGUCUCCACGGGAUUGAGCCGGGCUGGAAGCGAACGUGAGACGGGUCAAUGCCCGAGCGCCUGCGAGUGUUCAGAGUGGAACUCCUUAAAGAUAACCUGCAAGUCCAUCGAUCACAUUCCGACUUUCCCCCGGAGCACGGAGAACAUUCGAUUCAUGGAGACUCGGCUCAAGUCGAUCCCGACAGAAGCCUUUACAAAGCUCCCGAACAUCACAAGGAUAUACAUUUCCAUUGAUGCAACUCUCGAGAGAGUGGAUGUCAGGGCUUUCUUCAGUUUGGAUAAAGUCACGCACAUAGAAAUACGGAAUGCGAGGAGCUUAAGUCAGAUUGAUCCAGAGGCUUUCAAGAAUCUCCCUGUUCUGAAAUACCUUGGGAUUUUCAACACUGGCCUGGCCAGGUUUCCCGACCUGACGAAAAUCCAUUCCACUGAUGUGAACUUCCUAAUUGAAAUCGCUGACAAUCCAUUCAUUUCAACCAUUCCUGCCAACGCCUUCGGUGGGUUGGGCAAUGAAUCGCUCACUCUAAAGCUCUACAACAAUGGCUUCACUAAGGUCCAAGCUUACGCCUUUAAUGGAACCAAACUAGAUGCUGUAUACCUGCACAAGAAUAAGCUCUUAUCAUCUUUCAGCGAGGAUGUCUUUGCAGGGGUCUUGAGUGGACCCACCCUGCUGGAUGUGUCCCAGACUAGUGUGCACUCCCUCCCUUCCAAAGGGCUGGAGCCACUGAAAGAACUGAUGGCCAAGAACACAUGGACCCUGAAGAAGCUGCCUCCUCUGAAGACGUUCCUGCACCUGACGAGAGCCGACCUCACGUACCCAAGCCACUGCUGCGCCUUUAAAAACUGGAAGAAAAACAAGGGUUUACCCUACAGGCUUCUGGAGUCCCUGAUGUGCAACCAGACCCUUGGCCAUGGUUUCCGAAGGAGAAGGUCCUUCACCUUGUACGAAGGGGCCUUUUACCAGGACUACACAGAGGGUAACACAGACAAACACAGCCCUCAGCCGGGCCUGAAACACCAAGAUUUCCACAGCAAUUCCCACUAUUACGUGUUCUUCGAGGAACAAGGAGAUGGAGAUGUUGGCUUUGGUCAGGAGCUGAAGAACCCUCAGGAAGACCACAUGCAAGCUUUUGACAGCCAUUAUGACUACAUGGUGUGUGGAGGUGGUGAGGAGAUUGUCUGCCGGCCAGAACCAGAUGAGUUCAAUCCCUGCGAGGACAUUAUGGGUUACAACUCUUUACGGGCUAUUGUAUGGUUUGUUAAUCUGUUGGCUAUAGCAGGGAACAUCUUUGUUCUCCUCAUUCUGCUCACCAGCCACUACAAGCUGACAGUGCCCAGGUUCCUGAUGUGUAAUCUGGCCUUCGCAGACUUCUGCAUGGGCGUCUACCUGCUCCAGAUCGCUUCGGUGGACCUCUACACCAGGAGCGAGUACUACAACUAUGCCAUCGACUGGCAGACAGGUGCUGGCUGCAACUCGGCCGGCUUCUUCAGCGUCUUCGCCAGCGAGUUCUCAGUCUACACGCUCACCGCCAUCACGGUGGAGCGCUGGUACACCAUCAACUUUGCCAUGCGCCUGGACCGGAAAGUACGGCUGCGCCACGCUGCUGCCAUUGUGGCCGGGGGCUGGCUGCUGUGCGGCGCGCUGGCCGUCCUCCCCAUAGUGGGGGUCAGCAGCUACAUCAAGGUCAGCAUCUGCCUGCCGAUGGACACGGGGACCCUGCUGGCCCAGGGCUAUGUGGUCCUGGUGCUCUUACUCAACAUUGUGGCCUUUAUGGUCAUCUGUGCCUGUUACGUGAAGAUCUACCUCAGAGUGAAGAGCCCCCACUACAAAGCCGGAGGCAAGGACACCAGAAUCGCCAAGAGGAUGGCGGUGUUGAUCUUCACUGACUUUACCUGCAUGGCCCCCAUCUCUUUCUACGCGCUCUCGGCCAUCUUGCACAAGCCCCUGAUCACGGUGACCAACUCCAAGAUACUGCUGGUUCUCUUCUACCCACUCAACUCCUGCGCCAACCCCUUCCUCUACGCCAUCUUCACCAGGGCCUUCCGCAGGGACGUCUUCGUCCUGCUGAGCAGGGUGGGCCUCUGCCGGCAGCGGGCGCAGCUCUACCAGGGGCAGGCCGUCCCCGGUGGGAAGAACGGCUCCUCCUCCAGCCGCGACCGCGCGUCCUGCAGCCUCCGCCGAUACCGUGGCAACUGCCAGCAAGUGGCGGCAGCCAGCCGAGGUUGCCGAGAGACCGAACUGUGA